GUAUAAAUAUCAUUUCAUUGUGACAGUUAUAACAGUUGUAUGCAAGUCAACCUUAUUAUCAUCAUUUUAUUAAUUACUAUUUCUAUUUGCUAUCUUGUUUUUUUUUGUUAGUUUUAUUAAUAUAAUAACAAUAGGAAGAUGGAUUCUUCUGAAACUCCAAGUGGUUCUUUCCGUGGUCGAGGUAGAUCCUCUCAGUUUGGUGCUCAAGAACCAAUCCGGACAAUUCCACCAGAUUUAGUUUCUAAAGUUGGUCAAGGAGGAACUGCUGUUCGUCUUUACUCAAAUUAUUUCUCGAUGAUGACUCCUAACGACACUAUUGUCCAUGGAUAUCAUGUAACUUUUGACCCGAUUGUGGAGUCUCCUAAAAUCAGGAGAGGUCUUCUUUUUUCUCAUCGUGAUGUCUUUGAUAGUACUUAUAUUUUCGAUGGUGGAGCUGAUUUAAAAGCAUUAAAAGAAAUUCCAGAGCCAUUGACUCUCUUCGCCACAACUCAACACACUAACCAGAAUAUUGAAAUAACUAUUAAAUACACUGGACCGAUUUCAUGGGGACAUCCAGAGAUGAUGCGUCUUUACAAUACACAAAUGAGACGUAAUCUUAGACAUAUUGGAAUGACUCAAAUAGGCUCAGAUUUCUAUAAUGCUUCAGAGAAAAAGAGUAUUCCUGAUUAUCGAGUUGAAGUCUGGCCUGGUAUAUUGACUGCUAUCAAUGAACAUGAUGGAGGUAUAAUGGCGGUUGUCAGUUGCUGUCAUAAAAUUAUAAGAAAAGAUUCAGCCCUUGACAUAUUAAAGCGGCUUUGGCAACAAGACAGACAAAACUUCCAAAACAAUUCUCGUAGUGAAUUAAGUGGCUCAAUUGUUAUGUCUCAUUACAAUAAAAAGACUUAUCAGAUUGAUGACGUUAUUUUCCAAAGAAAUCCAGUCACCUAUCGCUUCGAUAAACAAGGAACAUCAAUCUCUUUGAAAGAUUAUUAUAAAGAUCAAUAUAAAAUUGAUGUAAAGGACGAUAAUCAGCCUCUCCUUUUGGUUAAACCAACUGAUAGACAACGACGUGGAGGGAUUGAACAAGAUAUUGUCCUGAUACCUGAACUGUGUGUAUUAACUGGUAUCACUGAGGCCAUGAAGAAUGACAUGUCAUUUCGACGUGAAUUGGAUCGACAUGUUCGCCUAGACCCAGUUCGAAGACUGCAAGAGAUGCAAAAAAAUAUUGCUAAAAUAAUGUCAAACGACCAGGUUAAAUCUGAAAUGGAGCGAUGGGGUAUAGCAUUAGAUCCUCGCCCAGCUGAAAUAACUGGCAGAGUUCUGCCUCCUGAACAAAUUUUCAUGGCCGAUGAAACCAAUGGAAUUCCAUAUCAACAACAAUCUGGAUCUUUUGAUUCAUCUAUUAGGUCACAACGGCUGAUAGCACCUGUUGCCUUGGAAUAUUGGGUGAUUGUUGCGCCUAUGCGUGAAAAGGGAACGAUUGAACAGUAUCUUGAUUCCUUGGUGAACGUUGCAAGACCACUAGGAAUCAAAAUUGGUCCUCCUAAAUUUUUUUGGUUAGAAAAUGAUCGAACAUCAACUUAUAUUGAGAAUUUCCGCAAAAUUCCAAGUGGAGCUAAAAUGGUUCAUGUUGUUGUGCCUAACAACAAUAAAGAUCGAUACAGUGCUAUCAAGCAUUAUUUUUGCUGCGAACAACCCUGUCCAUCUCAAGUUUUAACCCUCAGAGUCUUGAAUAAAAAGCAACUUACAAUUGCUACUAAACUUGUGCUUCAAAUGUCCAUCAAAAUGGGUGCUCAAGCAUGGACAGUCCAUAUUCCGGCUCAAAAUACAAUGUUUGUUGGUUAUAAUACUUGUAAAGACACCUCUAAAAAAGGCCGAACCGUUGGAGCUUUUGUUUGUAGCACAAACGCAAGAUCAACUUCAUGGUUUUCACAAGUUUCUUAUCAUAAAACAUUCGAAGAAAUGUCUUCUAAUUUUACAGCCAAUUUCAAAAGUGGACUGAAAGCUUGGAAUCGAGAAAACGGCCGUUUUCCCGAGCGUAUAAUUAUCUAUCGUGAUGGGGUUUCAGAGGGACAAAUUGGCUUUAUUUAUAAAACUGAACUUAAGCAAAUAUUAGACCUUCUUGGUGAACAUGAAGACCUCAAAGAAGCUGGAAUUGCAUUUACAAUUGUUAAUAAGCGAGUUAACGCAAGAUUCUUCUUGAGACCAGGUCCAAGAGAUCCUGUAAAGAAUCCUACCGCCGGUACUGUCAUCGAUUCAGUUGUAACACGAAAGGAGAGAUACGAUUUUUAUCUAAUCAGUCAAUCAGUUCGAUUUGGAACCGUCAAUCCAACCAUGUAUAACAUUAUAAAGGAUACCACUCGAUGGAAACCGAUCCAUCAUCAAUUACUGGCCUACAAAUUAUGUCAUCUUUAUUAUAAUUGGACUGGUACAAUUUCUGUUCCAGCGCCAUGUCAUUAUGCAUAUAAAUUGGCCUUUUUGAUUGGUAAUUGCAUCCAUCAGGAGCCUAAUCACGCUUUAGCAAACCAACUCUACUUUUUAUAAUCAAUCACUAAGAAAACUCUAAUCCAUAUGUUUGUCUUUUCGUAUUAUAUUUCACCUUUUGUUCAUUUGCUUUGAAGAUCUUAUUGUAAUAAUAAAUUAAUUU